AAGGCUCCUAUAAAAUUGAAAUUAAGUGGUAAUUAAAAUUGGGAAGAGGUUAAGUUCUUCGAAAACUGCAUAACUAUAAACCAAAUUGCUACUUGAGAAUAACAUUAUUUUCAAAAAUUAAUAUAUUACAUGAUUAUAAUUAUAUACGAACUAGGUCCUAUUGCGGAGCUCCGUGAUGAGGCCCUCAACCACGAUAGCCGCUAAAAAGUCGAAUGCGAAAAAAAUUAACAGAAGACGCCACGUGAGAAAAAAACUGCAUGAUUUGUUUCGUAAAAACGAUCAAUUUAAUUAACCUGAAACGUGCAGAGCAAUCCGUUUACUUACUAUUUUUAUCGACGGCCUCCUGAUGUAGUUGAAUAGCGUCUUCUUCCUUUUGCUCCGCCAUUUUACUAAACUAGAGUAAAAUUCGUAUUUGCGCUUUCCACUCUACGUACUCUGCGUAAAGCAACAAUAUGUAGGAAUGUGGGUACAGAGCGGUUUACAUAGAAAAUGUUAUACGUGUAUUAUUAACUACUGAUUUGGUAAAAUAAAUAUAAAUGACAGAAAAUUUUACAUAUAUUUUAUUCUAUGCUAGUUAUUAUAAUAUUACUUUAAAGUAUAAGCAAAUACUGCAAUUUUAAAUACUGCGAUGUCUAUAUGUUCUGCAUUUUGAAAUAAAAUAAUCUAAAAUUCUUUAAAACUACCUCGUAGAUCAUUAUUAUUAUUCUUUCUAACAAGAUUGAAAAUGUAAAGUAGUCAUUUGAGUACAGUAUUCAAAUUGUUAAAAUUUAUAGGGGGAUUCAUCGUAAUUAUUGAGGGACCCAUGCUGUAUAAGACAUGGACUUGUAUAUACCAUUUAUGUCUCUAUAUAGUAAACAUAAAAUAAUAAUAAUACAGAAAAUUCACAAGUAAUAUAGCAUAUCCAACUUGGGUUUUAAAUCAUGAUAUUUAUAUAAACAACCGGAACAAAAGGGUGCUAAACAACUUUGCUUAAAGGAUUCUCAGCAAUGUCGAUGAGAAUAAGUGGAAUUAUCACAGGACAAGCGUCGACAAUUAGAUGCGUUGUUCGCUGCUGCGCAGGUCACUCAACACCACGUGACCCGUCCAGCAGCGUUACCCGGAUGUAGCUUUAUAACCGGUUGCCAGUUGUUGGUGUCGGUUAACUUCCUUGUAUUUGGUUUGUUGCCCUAUGCGAGACUUCACGAAUCCGUUUCAGUUCUUACAGGCCACUGACAUGUCAGAUUUGACAGUAGGAUCUGGGAUUAGUAUCCUAAUUAGCUGAUGACUAGCUUGACCGAAAACUUAAGACGGCCAGUUAGCUAAACACCGGAUUUAGGGAACGUCAUGGCGUGACAUGUUUCUUUCUCGGGAAUUGUCUUGAAAAUGAAGAAAUCUUCCAAAAAGAAGAAGCGAAAGGAGAAAAAGGUGCCAUCAUCAUCUUUUAAAGAAGAUGCCGAAUUGUCAUCCUACAUGAAGGACCACACCAAAAAGAAAGACAAAGUCGCUGAAGAGGAGUGCCGGAGCACCAGUCAGUUCAGGCGCAUGCGUGAUGAAGACCAAAGUCAUCUGCUGCGAGACAGUCCCUCCUUAUCGAGUCACAGUGGGGAUAACCUGGGCAAGGAGAGAGUCUACAAAAAGCCUGUUUACAAAUUGGGGAGAUUGAGCCUGUUGCAGAGUGGAGAGAGAGACUCGAGGUGUAGUGCAGGGGGAGACCUGAAGGAGUCGCCCCGCAUCUCUGAGAGCUGCUCAUCCGAGUUGGUUCCAUCUGGUCUGCAUGCGUCCAAGCGCUCAAGCGAGGAAAGGAGGAAGUUCAGCAAGAGGCAGACUAGCGGGGAAUCUUCCUGUGACCGCUUCAGCUGCCCAGAAAGUGACCCGAAGCCAGAAAGGUGUAAUCUGAAGAGAAGAUCGGGGUCAGAGCUGGAAAGCCCAAGCCCACACCAUCAGAAAAAGAGAGCCUGCGAUUCCACCAGGCACGCUCCACGUCAGCAGCCUGAUACCUACAGGAAACCGGACUCCCCUGGUACACACGCAUACCGGCCGGCUUUCCAGGGCAAAACGGGCCCAGAGCUGUCAGGGAGCAGCCGAGACGAGACGCCAUGCCCGAAACCUUGGGAACCCAUCAGAUUCAAAAUACAGAAGAAGACAAACCUGGUGCAAGGCAGCCAUGUAACCUGUGAACGGCCCUUAAGCAGCCAUGUAACCUGUGAACGGCCCUUAAGCAGCCAUGUAACCUGUGAACGGCCCUUAAGCAGCCAUGUAACCUGUGAACGGCCCUUAAGCAGCCAUGUAACCUGUGAACGGCCCUUAAGCAGCCAUGUAACCUGUGAACGGCCCUUAAGCAGCCAUGUAACCUGUGAACGGCCCUUAAGCAGACGUGAAAAGAAACGCGUCAAAACAAACACGGGUGCUGUGGAAUCUGGAUGCCCCCCCUAUACAGACAGGACAGUAGCGAAACAUGCACUUCUGGGCAAGAAAGAUGCAGUGAAGAAAUGGCCCAAAGCCAGUCCGUCGUCAAAGGGGGGGCGAAAGGGAAGCCCCCCUCGUCCAGCAGUGCCAGAAAGGCCUCGCAACACUGACUCGCUGAAAGAAGGUCACAGAGUUUUUCCUAGGACCACUGAAGCCUUCAGCAAUGAUCAGGAGACUCAGGUGGUGGAGGAGCUGCACCGAGCUCGUUCUCAGAAUGAGCUGCGGGUCAAUAUGGUGGAGAGCUACGGGGAGCUGACCGCCAUGGAUAUCGACCUGUCGGAGGAGUUCACCAGUUCAUCUUCAAAUAAAGAGGAAAUCCUGCGUGAUCCUCUCAUCGUCCUUGACACCAACAUCCUCCUCAGUCACCUGGACUUUGUCAAGAAAAUGAAAUCGCUUGGCCUUGGAGCAGCUCUAGGAUUCCCCAUCAUCCUGAUUCCCUGGGUGGUCAUGCAGGAGCUGGACGCGCUGAAGAACGGAAAGCUGUCUAACAAUGUGGCGUGCAAAGCAGUCCCCGCCGUCCACUACAUUUACACCUGCCUGAAGAACCAGGAGCCGCGGCUGUGGGGCCAGUCCAUGCAGCAGGCCGCGAAGACAGCCUAUACGCUUAAUGCGGAGAAUAAUGAUGACCGUGUGCUGCAGUGCUGUCUGCAGUACCAGGAUAUAUACCCAGGGGGCACCCUUAUUCUCUGCACCAACGACAAGAACCUGUGCAGCAAAGCCAUACUGAGCGGCGUCAGGGCCCUGAGCAAGGAUGACCUGGAGACCCAGGCGGAGCGGGUCAGAUGCGGCACCCAGGCCGGCGGCUGUCUGACUUCCUGGGGCCCCCCGCCUGCAGAAAGAGCUGGGAACAGAGGCUUUGAGACUGGGAGGAAGACGCCCGCAGUCGAUUCCCAUGAGCUCGGCACCUGCGCUUCUGUGCUGGAGGAUGCCCUGCAGGAGGUGCUGUCAAAGGUGCUGAUGAAGGAGAUGAAGGUUGCCUAUGGCGAUCUGUGGGAGGAGAUCGUGUUUGUGAAGCCGCCUUGGACCCUGUGUGACCUCCUGCGCUGUUUUACCAAGCACUGGAUCGCUGUCUUUGGAAACGUCUUCCAACGGAACCUCCUGCGCACUGUCGAAUGUCUGCGCGACAUGCUCUGCAAAGGUAGGAUGCUGGACAGAUGUGCCGUCAGACGGGCGGCUCUGGAGGCCCAGCAGCUGUUGCGGGCGUUCGGGCGGCAUUCGGACUAUGAGGGCCAGAUCGUCCGGUCCCUGUCGGCCCUGGAGCCCCUGCUGCAGGAGCCCAGCAAGCCAGAAACAGAUGUCCCUGCAAGCCCACUGACUUCCCCAAACAUGGAUGCCAUGAUGUCGGAGGAGGAGGGAUCGUUGGAGACCCAGCCCUCACAUCUUGUGGUGUGGGAGGUGUUUGAGAACAUCUGGAGUAACGCGUGCCAGAUCAGCUCUGCUGUGUUCACGGCUCUCCAGUUUGAUCCAGGCUCCAUGGAGACCACCAUGCCUGAGAGCAGGCAGCCCCCCCCGGAGGGUGCUCUCUCCUGCCUGUGCUCGCUCGUCGGUACCAUCCGCCAGCUGCUACAUGCCGCCCACAGAGUGCUUGUGUCCGACUGCUCCUUUGAGGACGUGCAGUCUCUGUUCACCUUCAUCUGCUCCACUGAGAUCACAUCGGAGAAGCCAAGGUUCACCGCCAACGACCUGUUUCGAUGUCUUUCCCGACAUGAGUACAGGGAGAAGCUGCGAGUGGGAGGGACCCAGCUGGAAGAUCUCGGGAACAAACUGGAGCUGUGUGCCUCUGCCAGGGGCUGUGGGACUGCAAGCAGCUCCUGGGCAUGAUGCUGGCGCACAGCAGGAUACACCCCCCCUGCCCCCCACCCCAGCACAUACCUCGGUUACCAGUCUGCAUCUCCUGCUUUCAUCGGAGUGGGAGUUGCGCUUUCUGACAGCUUUAUUCAUUGCAACUUAACUUAUGUGUGGAAAGUUACAGUAAAGACAUGAAUUGCAAUUCAAGAGCGUAACUGUCUUCUGUAGGCCAGUUAAUUUAGCUCACGUUAGAGCUGGGCAAUAAAUCGAUUCUAUCGAUUAAUUCAAGUCUUUUUGUUCAGGGCGAUAUGUAAAAUUAAUAUUGCAAAUUCCUUUAAACUGCCUCAUUAACAUGGAGCCUGCAAAGUUCCCAAUUUUUUUUUGUACGAAUAAGGUUUUUAUUUAUUUAUUUUUUUAUUUUUUUACUUUGGGGGGGCCACACCGUGCCAGGCUGCACCCCUUCAGACACUAACAAACCAAGCAAGACGGCAGCGUCUCAAAAGAUGCCCGUCUCUCCUCGGUUAUUUUGACGUGGUUUGAUUAUGCAAAGUCUGACAUAGAACAGACCACUGUCCACUGUAAAGGUUUGUCUGAAGGCUACUGAAGGUAGCAGCAUAAUAAACUUAUUUUGUUAUGUCAGACAGAGGCUGAGGAGCAGGACUGUGUAGCUCCACGAGAUGCGCAAGCUAGUGGCAGCUUCUGAACGCUGGCUAAAUAGUAGGUAAGGAUAACAGCAUAGUUUUCACCUUACAUUCCAUACAAUAAGAAGGGUUCCCAGGGAAAAGAAAUGGCAGAUGCCAUGAUGCUUCAUAUCGCCAAAGAUGUGGUACCUAUAGAUACAAUGGAAACAAACGGGUUCAUUCAGAUGCUAAAUAAAAUCGACCCCAUAUAUGCGCUAUCAAACCCAAAGUCUUUUUAAUACAACCCUAUCCCAUCUACACGUGUUGUUAAAAUAAGCGUAUUUAAUGAUGUCUUCAUCUUAAAAACGAUUAUUUAAAAAAUCAAAGUCGUGAGUCAGUAUGUUGAAAACAACCUGAGAUUUUAUUUUUAGGCCGUAUCACACAGCCCUAGCUGUGCUCUGUGCACAGCCGAAGGUCUUUGUGGUUUGUGCUCGUGGUCUGUGCCCAGCCGAAGGUCUUGGUGGUUUGUGCUCGUGGUCUGUGCCCAGCCAAAGGUCUUGGUGGUUUGUGCUGGUGGUCUGGUCUUGCCAAGAGAGAGAGACUUUUUUGUUUGUUUUGGGAUUGUUUGCAUCAGUAUUUCUGUAUAUUCCAUGGUCAAAGAAAGGGGUUGAUUCUUGUUUUUGAAUAUUUUAUUUUACAUGAAAUUGCUAUAAAAUGUACAGCAAAUUUAUUUUGGGAUUUGCACAAUAAAUGCUGAACUCAAGCUGACUUCAUUUGAAGAUGAGGAAUCCCAUACCGGCUGAUUACUUUAGUAUGACUCUUGCGCAUGCCUGGCGUUGAUAAGUAUCGGAAAUAACCUUAAUGUGAUUAGUGCCACCUGUUUACGUUGAACGUAGCAGCCUUUUUGUUCUCACCGAUCAAACAGCUUUUCUAUAUUAUUGAUAUUUAUAUUCAAAACUGUACUAUAUCUGUAAAUGAAAAUAAAAUUAUUAUUUUUGGUAGUUCCAA